GGCGGAGAGGUUGAUAAGAUAGCAAUUGCUUAGACUUGGUCUAUGAACUCAAGCUAGAAAACAGAUCAAACGCAGCUCUGACGCAGCCCUGACGCUACUCUUCAAAGUUUAUCGCAAGGUUCUAAUUGUAUUUACGAAGGGAGCUCCAGACGCAGGUCUUCCUCAAAAGUGCGUAUGUUCAAGUGAUUGCCGUGUUGAGUGAUCUCAUUGUUCGUCAAUACCAGGAAAUGUCGGGACGGGUGAGAAUGCUGAUGGUAAUGGCGUAUAUAGCAGUGGUCUGCCUCCCCACCAGCCACACCCUUACUGCCCCAGAGGACGGUUUCCGGAUGCCCUCACCAUGGGCAUGGCGGUGUGUCUCUGGCCGGUGCGUGAAGGAGGACGCCGCGGGGCAGGUGAGACUAACGACCUUCAACAUGUGCAAGCUGACCUGUGGUACAGAGGGCAUGCUGUGGCCCCGCCCUGUCAAUGCUGUCAUCGGGGACCAAGUGACUCUUUUCCUGCCAUGGAAGAUGACAUUACAGCCAAUCUGUCAAGGGGAAGUGUGCAACUUACUGCAUGAAGCUUAUGACAUCUUCACGGAUACCCUUCAGCGUUACCAUCCGCACUAUGCCAAUGGGAGAGCACCGUGGACAGGACCCUGGGACGCCGCCACGGAGCUUCAAGUCCUUCAGAUAGACGUAACAGUGGUUGAAAAUGAUACCGCUCUCACUCUCGACACUGACGAGUCUUACGACCUGACGGUAACCACUGGCACUGACGUGAUUUCCGUGCUCAUUAUUGCUCCCACAUAUUUCGGGGCGAGGCACGCGCUUGAGACGCUCUCACAGCUUGUGGAAUACCACGAGACUGCCGACGCCCUCAUGGUGGUGCCUGCCACUGUGUCGGACGUACCUGCCUUUCCCUAUCGUGGACUACUGGUGGAUACGUCAAGGAACUUUGUGAGCGUGGCAGCCCUUGAACGUACGCUGGAUGCCAUGGCUGCCAAUAAGCUGAACACACUUCAUUGGCACAUCACCGAUUCACAUUCCUUCCCGCUGUUCCUUGAUUCUUUGCCCAACAUGGCCUACUAUGGCGCCUAUUCCGGCAGCCAGGUGUACACGCCCGCUCAAGUGCGCAACUUAAUAAAGUAUGCCCAAGUGCGGGGUGUGCGACUGCUGCCUGAACUAGAUGCACCGGCGCACGUGGGCAAUGGUUGGCAGUGGGGUGAGAAGGAGGGACUGGGCCAGCUAGCCGUCUGUGUGAACCAGGAGCCGUGGGAAAGUUACUGUAUGGAGCCGCCAUGUGGGCAGCUCAACCUAGCCAACCCUAAUAUGUACGACGUGUUGGGCCAGAUUUACAAGGAACUAGUGCAGCUUUUCUCUCCUCUGGAGCUAUUUCACUUUGGGGGUGAUGAGAUUAACUUCAACUGUUGGAACACAACUGAGGAGAUCUUCAAAUUUAUGGUGGAUAAUGGAUAUGGCACGAAUGAGUCCGCCUACUACAGCCAGUGGGCGGUGUUCCAGGAGCGCGCCCGUGAGUUGCUGCAUGAGGCGGCAGGGGGCAGGAAGGUGCCUGGGGUGCUGUGGACCUCACAUCUAACUGAGCCAGAGUAUCUGGAAUCCCUCAACCCUUCCCAGUACAUUAUUCAGAUCUGGACAACGAAGAACGACUCGUCUAUUUACAAGCUCCUCUCCCGUGGCUACAGAGUUAUCUUUAGUAAUUAUGAUGCCUGGUACCUGGACUGCGGAAUGGGGGCUUGGGUCGGCGAGGGAAAUAACUGGUGCAGCCCCUACAAGGGUUGGCAAACUGUUUACGAUAACAGUCCACAUGACAUUGCCUUUGCAGAGACAGGUUCUCCCUACACUGACCAAAUUCUAGGGGGUGAGGCAGCCCUCUGGACAGAACAGGUUGAUGAUGCUACAGUUGACUCCAAGUUGUGGCCUCGUGGCGCUGCCCUGGCAGAGAGACUGUGGACCAACCCAGUGACUACUUGGAAAGCUGCUGAAAUUCGAUUUAUCAACCACCGUCAACGAUUAGUUAAGCGCGGCGUGCAGGCUGAGCGCAUCCAGCCCCAGUGGUGCCACCAGAAUGAGGGUCUCUGUUACCUUAGCGAGCCUAUACUAGGGUGUGGUGCAGUAUGAAAUGCUAAUGAAGCCCAAACACACGUGUACAAAAGAUCUUUUUUUUUUUUCACAGCUAAGUUAUGUCUUCCCUUUCUUCUUUCCUGUAUUUUUAUGAUCUUAAGAACAGUGAUAUGUUUUUUUUUCUCCACACUGGGCUCAUGGGCAGUCAAUGCGCGCGAGCACACGAUGCCAACAAUUCUUAGAUGAUUUUGCAAGACCUGAGCAAAGAGACUUUAUCAGUAUAAAAGAUGCAACAGUCACUGGUGGCUUCCUGGUCAGCCCAGCACCAGCAGGCUGCAGGGCAGUCCCCCUCCCUAUCUCUCAUAAUCAUAAUAUAUAUAUAUAUAUAUAUAUAUAUAUAUAUAUAUAUAUAUAUAUAUAUAUAUAUAUAUAUAUAUAUAUAUAUAUAUAUAUAUAUAUAUAUAUAUAUAUAUAUAUAUAACUUUUACAAACAAUUUUUUUUGUCUUGACCAACUCUAUUAAUCUGAAUUAUUAGAGUAACGAGACAAUUUCUUUAUUUCGUGCCUAUCUAUAAGUGGUUUAGAUAAUAGUUAAAAUAAAUGUAUGGCCCUU